CAAAAUGCUAGAUUUCUCCGCCAUUCUUGCAGGCUCCAAAAUCCGUUUUUCCGCUUUCUUUCUCACAAAAACCCUAAAAAUGUCAGAUUUCGAAAUUUUCUAGCCCUAAUUUCUCCUUCCCUCCUUCGAAAAUGGCGACUUCGUCUUUCAAAUCCACGACGAAGCGCACUACGAUCGGCUCGACCGGAGCAGAAGACACCGGUUCUUCGAACCGGACCGGGUCCCACCGCCGGUCCCGGAGCCUGAGCCAGUUCUCUGGCCGGUUUCCUCCAUCCGACCCUGACGAGCUCCUCCCCAAUGGCAGGUUCGUAAAUACAGUUAGAGGAUCGGGCUUUCCUGAAAUAAGCCUUGAUGAUCUCGCCAACGAGUUCUUUCCGUCGAGGGACGAUGGAGGAAGAGUGGAGAGGGAGAGCGCGAGGGGGCGGUUGGAUCGACGGGCUUCUGCGAUUGGUGCUAAGACUGCGGUGGGGUCCGCGGAUGCGAGCCAGAGGCGGGGCAGGUCGGUAUCGAGGAGCCAUGGGAAGGGCAGUUUGGGGAAUAAUUCAGCGAGUAGGUCAGUCUCGAGGAGCCACGGGAAGGGUAGUUUGGGGAAUAAUUCAGGGAGUAGGUCGGUCUCGAGGAGCCAUGGGAAGGGCAGUUUAGGUAAUAAUUCUCUGAGCAAUGGCGUUUACGAUAAUAGCUCGAGGAGGAGACGGUCUGUCUCUGUCGCACGGUAUCAGUGCAGCGAUUCGGAGAGUGACAUGGACCAUUCACAUAGCUCCAGCAAUCUUUCUAAAUCAAAGAGUUCUGGAAAUGGGAACUUCGAGAGGCACUCCUUGCAUAAGCCAACUGUUUCCAGCAAUCAGCGCCCAUUGAGAAGGUCUAUGAGUCAAAAGGAUUUAUUGCGUACGCAUGAUGGAUACUCUAGCUACUCCUCUGCACUGACUGAUGAUGAAGCACAGGAUGGACAUAAUAGAUAUGGGUUAGAGAAGACAAUAAGGGCAGUUUAUGCACAGAAAAAGACUGAACAUCCUACCGGGGAUGGAGAGGGGACAGGGGUGUAUGAAGCAAUGCGGAAAGAAGUUUGGCAUGCUCUUGAUGAGAUGAGGAUGGAGCUUGAACAAGUCAUGGUGAAAACCAAACCUACCAUGUUAGCCAAUGGUGACUGCUUGCAGCCAAAGAGCUCAGAUGUUAUUCAGGCUCUUGCUGAUGCCAGAAAGAAUUACACAACAAAACUCGUGCAGUCAGAGAAGCGUACACAGGACCUAUUAGCAGAGUUAGCAGUCGAGGAGCAACGCGGUCGUGAGUUUACUAAGAUUGUUAGAGAAUUGCUUCCGGACCCACCAAAGCAAAGUGCCGCACCAGAGAAACCAAUACGGGCUAGAAAGAGGAGCAAUGAUAAAACGAGAGUGUCCAAGCGUUUGACGGAAGAGGCAGAGAAGUAUUUUGAGGAUUUCAUUUCCAAUGUUGAAGAUACAGAUUUUUCAUCAUUUGAUGGGGAAAAGAGUGACACAAGUUCAACAUUAGGAGGAAGCAUAAAGUCAAAAGAUCCUGUAACUAGUUGUACAAAUGCUGAAACUGGUGGAACUCCAGUAAGAGCUUCUUCGCUUCCUGUUGGAAUAGAUGGAGUGAUUCUGCCAUGGUUGCAGUGGGAAACUAGUAAUGACAACUCUCCCCUACCAUGCAAGAAUCAGAUGAAGGUAUCUGUUGCAUUGGAGAAUAAAUCAUUCGAUACAGCUCAGGAAGCAAAUGCUUCUUACAGUAACUGCGCCGCUAGCAGCCGUGCAAGUUGGAGCCCAGAUGGCAAUGAGAAUUCUUCCACAGCAUCUAGAGGCAAGAUGAGUAGCAGAUUUGUGGAGUCCGGAGGCUAUCCAAUCUCAUAUGCUCCGAGCAAGCAGAGAGGAUCCUCAUUUGACAUGGAUGAGUAUUUGGACCUUCGGAAAGAGGAGGAUCUCCUGUUCGAGAGGUUGAGACAAAGGCAAAGAAUAGUUUCAGGUGGUCUCAUUCUCUGUGAUAGAAUUCUUCUUUAGCAUGUACUCUCAUAUUAUGGGAUUUGUAUAUACAAACAUUUGAUCAUUCACCCUUUAGAUUGCAUGAACAUGUCACGGGACUUGCAUUC